UCCUCUCUUCUACUUUCCCUUUAUUCUCUUUCCCUUCCAUUCCAUUCCCCUUCCCCACCCGUGCCCAUUUCUCCAACAAUUUUUCUUUCUCUUCCAAUUCUCUUUUCACUUUUCUUUUUCUCUCUUUCACCAACAUUCAAUGCUACUAUUGUCUCCAACAACACUAACAUAAACAUGUUUACAUCUUCCAACAUUAUCAAACACACUCAUCAUUGCUUCAAACAAACCAAACUCAUCAACAAUAUUACCUAUAACAUGAACCUUCACUAUCCCAAAACUGUACGAAUAUGUUACACCGACGAAGACGCCACCGACUCUUCCUCCGACGAUAGCCAACCGCCGCGCCGCAGAGUCAAGACUUUCGUCAACGAGAUCACCAUGGCCAACAGAAACAUUCCGAGGAAAAAUAACAAGUCUGCAUCUACUACCACAACCACUAUCACCGGACGUAAAACCAAAACCAGAACCAGAACCAGAGCUCCGGCUAGCCAACAACAGCCGGUGAUUAACUCCGGGAAGAAAUACCGAGGAGUGAGACAGAGACCUUGGGGGAAAUGGUCGGCGGAGAUAAGAGAUCACAGAACGCGCGUAAGACUGUGGUUAGGAACUUACAACACUGCUGAAGAAGCUGCUAAGGAGUAUGAUAAAGCUGCCAUUAAAAUUCGUGGUGCAAACGCGGUUACAAAUUUUAUUCAUCCGGUUCAGGAGAUUACAAACUCUGAUAACAUUUCCGGUGAAGAAUGUGUAAGCAACAACGUUGUAUCUGCAACUUCAGUACUUGGUCAGUGUAGUAUUUCAGAAAGUGAACCAGAAACAGUUAAAGAACAUGUUGUUGCUGUUGUUGUUCCCGUUCCAACGAGUGGUGAAUCUGAUAAAAAGUUGAAAUCUGAUUCUGAGUCAGUUUUUCCGCUUCCUUGUGAUAGUUUAUUUGAUGGUGUAUUUGGUAAUGAGAGAGAGAUGGAAAACAUGUUCUUUUUUCCUGGUGAUGAUUUUAGUGGCAAUUUUGUUGAUACUAGGAGUCCAAAUUUGUUGAACUGGAACAGAGAUUAUGAUAUUUUUCAGGAUAUAGGGGAUUUGUUUGGUUCGGAUUUUGGUACUUCUGUUUGAUUGAUGGAGAAAUAAAGCUAAGUUUUGUAACGGUAGUAAUAGGGGUUGCUAUUAGCUUUUAUUUAUUUUGUUUUAGUUUUCAUUAUGGUGGUACUACUCUAUUAGUAAUGAGAAAGUUAAUGUUCUAAUUUCCGUUUA